UAUGUGCACAAGGGCGCGGGCAGUGCCGCGAGUGGCCAUCUCCACUUUGGCGCGAGCCACGUGACGGUCGAGCGCGGCCUCGGCGCGAUCGACUGGACCAAGAGCAUAGCGCUGCGCGAGACGACGUGGCACUGGGCGUCCGCCAGCUUCUUUGCCGACGACGGCGCCGCCAUCGGCAUCAACUUGAGCCAACACGUGUACGACGUCGAUGGCGCGUCCCAGGAAAACGCCAUCUGGGUCGACGGCCGCGUGUGCGCGCUGCGCGGGGUUCAGUUUCAGAUUCCAGAUGUGGAUCCGAUCCACGCAACGUGGCGCAUUGCAUCCAUCGCGCCGACGCUGCUUGACAAUGUGACGCUCGAGUUUACGCCGGCCGGUGCCCGCCGGGAUGACGCGGGCGUGCCGUAUCUUGUGCACUCGCGCUUUGUGCAGCCGUACGGCACCUUCUCGGGACGCAUUGUCUGCGCGACCGAAGACAAUAUUGUGCACGAGAUCACGGUCGAGAAUGCGUUCGGUGUUGUCGAAGACCACUUUGCGCUCUGGUAA